CCACCCACCGGCCGAACCCCACCACCACUGACGCCUUCUUCUUCCAGUUCCACCUCCUCCGGUGCUGUUGGUUCCACUCCCGCCGGCCAGAUCACAGUUCGCACCACGCCGCGGCGGCGAUGGCCGUCCCGUCCUCCGACCGCGCGAGGCGGCCCUUCCUCCUCUCGCUCUCGCUCUUCCUCUUCAUCUCCGCCGCCCUCGUCCUCCUCUUCCUCUUCCUCGACCCCUCGCCCGGAUCCCUGGCCUUCCUCCCCUCCCGCGUCUCCGCCUCCGCCCCCUCCGCAUAUUCGCCUCAACAGCAGAGCCUCACCCCAGUGCCCGCCCGCGGGAGCCCACCUCACUCGCAACCAGCGGGCCCGCUGCCCACCGCGAACGCGGAGCGGGAGGCAUCGCAGCCACCCGCCGCGGAGGAAGCCCGUGGUGGCAGCGGCUCGCCGGGAGCGGACGACAGCAGCGGCGCCAGGGGAGUCGAGGCGGACGCGAAGGCGGGCACAAGCGUGGCCGCGGCGGGGUCAGGCGGGGACGACGGGGAGCUGCCGGCGAGCGUGAGGUGGCAGACGUGCAGCAGGAUGGGGAAGGGCGUGUCGUCGACGGACUACAUCCCGUGCCUGGACAACUUGCGGGCGAUCAAGGCGCUGCGGUCGAGGCGGCACAUGGAGCACCGGGAGCGACACUGCCCCGUGGCGCCGCGCCCAAGGUGCCUGGUGCCGCUGCCGUUCGGGUACCGGACGCCCGUGCCGUGGCCGCGCAGCCGUGACAUGAUUUGGUACAACAACGUCCCUCACCCAAAGCUGGUGGAGUAUAAAAAGGAUCAGAACUGGGUUACAAGGUCUGGUGAUUAUCUUGUUUUCCCUGGAGGUGGAACUCAAUUCAAAGAUGGUGUGGGAAGAUACAUUCAGUUUAUUGAACAGAUUAUGCCGGCCAUUCAGUGGGGAAUACAUACAAGAACUGUCUUGGAUGUUGGAUGUGGUGUUGCCAGCUUUGGUGGAUACUUGCUUGACAGGAAUGUCAUUACGAUGUCAUUUGCCCCAAAAGAUGAGCAUGAAGCUCAGAUACAGUUUGCAUUAGAACGUGGAAUUCCAGCAUUUCUAGCAGUGAUUGGAACACAAAAGCUUCCGUUUCCUGAUAAUGCAUUUGAUGUAGUACACUGUGCAAGGUGCAGGGUCCAUUGGUAUGCAAAUGGUGGAAAACCGUUGCUGGAGCUUAAUAGAGUGCUAAGGCCUGGAGGAUAUUUCAUUUGGUCUGCAACCCCCGUCUAUCGUCAAGAAAAAAGAGACCAGGAUGACUGGAAGGCAAUGGUUACUCUGACUAAAUCAAUCUGCUGGAGAACAGUGGUAAAAUCUGAAGUCGUCAAUGGAAUUGGAGUUGUUAUAUAUCAAAAGCCGACAUCAAAUUCUUGCUAUGCUGAGAGGAAGGCCAAUGAACCCCCUCUAUGUUCCAAGACAGAUGGUUCACGUUUUCCUUGGUAUGCUCCUCUCGAUAGUUGCAUUUUCGCAACUUCUCUUUCCAGUUCGGAUGAAAGAAACAGCUGGCCUGUUCCGUGGCCUGAAAGACUUAAUGUCAGAUAUGCAAGUGUGCCUGGUGAUUCUGCAUAUAACAAAGAGGCGUUUGAGGCUGAUACAAAGUAUUGGAAACAGGUCGUUUCAGAAGUAUAUUUCAGUGACCUCCCACUUAAUUGGUCAAGUAUUCGUAACAUAAUGGACAUGAAUGCUGGUUUUGGAGGGUUUGCAGCAGCACUCAUUGAUCAACCUUUAUGGGUUAUGAAUGUUGUACCAAUUGAUCAGCCGGAUACCUUGCCAGUUAUUUUCAACAGAGGUUUGAUUGGGGCAUAUCAUGACUGGUGUGAAUCUUUCAACACCUACCCUCGUACUUAUGAUCUUCUCCACAUGAGUAAUCUCGUCGCAAGUCUUACAACUAGGUGUGACAUCAUCGAAGUAGCAGCUGAAAUUGACCGGAUACUGAGACCUGGAAAAUGGUUUGUGUUGAAAGACAAAAUAGAAAUGCUAAAAAAGAUGCGGCCAGUCCUGAAGUCUCUGCACUAUGAAACUGUCGUUGUAAAAGAGCAAUUUCUUGUUGCUAGGAAGAGUUUCUGGCGUCCUGGCAAACCAGCUUCAAGAUCAGGAUGAUAUAGAUUACACUCGGUUUCAGGAGAGUCGUCAAUGAACAACAAUUCUUUGAUUCUUUGAAUUCUGAUCAGAUAGAUUCUUUAUACGGUACAGAUACAGGUUGGCCAGAUGUAGAUGAUUACUUAUCAGUAUAGUAAACACAUACUUCUGGAUUCUGAUAAAUUGAGCUGAAACAUUCUUUUUUUUGUAUCGAAGCAAAAUAACAAGGAUAUUAUAAGCUUACAGCACUAGGCUAGUUCUGAGCUCUGACAAAUGCACACACAGGCUUGAAACAUGUUUUGUAUACUUGUUCAUCUGUAACUUCUGUACAUUGAACAAAAGGAUUUUGAAAUAACCGUGUGCUCCUUUGUUCGUUUCUACCAA